AUGGCACGAAGUUCAUCUCCACUGCCGCCGCUAUCGCAACUGGGCAUCGUGCCGCGAACGCCUUCUCGACGAGUCCCGCUGCCCGCCCACGACAUGGAUGAGCUCGCCGGGGACACCAUCCCCUGCUCGCCGUCCGCCUUCAUGAAAGAUCGCGAUGCCACCCAGGCAACCCAGAUCCUUGGCCGUCCGGGCCUGACGCUGCCCGAGUCGUCGUCGCCCGCGCCCAGCGUCAUCGAGGUCCCCGCGUCCUCUCCCUUCCAGUCAAAGCAGCAGCAGCAGCUACAGACGCGACUGGGCUCUCGACUGGCGCCCGCUGGCACCGUCUUUCGCCCUCCUCGACCACAACCCGCUGCUGUUCCCGCGCGGAAGCCAGCUCCAGAGCCCAUCGAUCUCAUCUCGGACGACGACGACGACGAUAUCACGCCUCCCCGGGGAAACAUCCGUCCUACCAACUUCAAGGCGCAAAUCGCGAGCUAUGCGUAUACACCUGCUCCGCCCGCCAACGAAGAGGUGACAAGGAACAAGAUGCGGCAAAUCUUCGACAUCUUUGGCUCGCGAUACCCGUCGGACAAGGUCAAGGAAGCGCUUAAGGCGUGCAGAAACGACCUCGACGACACCAUCGCUUGGCUGGAGCGCAAUGUGCCGCGACAGGCACAGCCCCGAGCUCCGAAACCGGCUGCUCAGCCUGCCAACCGACGACUCGUAUCAAAGGGCCAGAUGCUCACUCUCGGGAAACAGACGCCUCGUGCCUCUUCGCCCUCAGUCACUUCCAUCACGUCGAGCCCUCCGAAGCCGCAGCCCCCGCCGCCCAGACGACGCCUUAUUCAAGGAUUGCGAAAGAGACGUGCUUCUUCGCUCGAGCCUGCCGAGGAGGAACCGCCGGCGCCUGUCUCAAGCGACGAUCCACUGGUUAUAGACCUGGUGGACGAUGGAAGAGAGGACUCGUACCAGGCUGAGGAAUCCCCCGAGGCGUCGCAGGAAGACGACGACAAGGUGCUUGUGUGUAUCAACGAGAGCAGCGUUCAGGAGCUGGCCGCCAUGACGGGCAUGAAGGAGGACCUGCUGAAACCCAUCAUUGACAAGCGCCCCUUUGCCGACCUCUCGCAGGCCAGAAAGGUUAGCGUCAACAAAAAGCCCGGUGCUCGCAAAUCCGCCAGGAUUAGCAUCGGAGAGACCGUCGUCGAUGCCGUUGAAGUCUUCAUGGACGCUGUCACCGCCAUCGAUCAGGUCGUGGCCAAGUGCGAAAUCAAGGGUCAGGCAGUCAAGGGCGUUGUGGAGUCUUGGGACCUCGACAUGUUUGGCCAGAACAAACGCAGCACGCGGUCGACGCCCUCGGACGAAGAUGCUCCCCUAACGCCCAAGAGCCUGAGCAGCACCAAGUACUCGAAGCCGCUGGUCCCUCGUCAGCCCAAGAUGAUGGACGGUCACUGCGUCAUGAAACCCUUUCAGCUGUAUGGCCUGAACUGGAUGUCGGUCCUCUACAACUAUGACAUUGGCUGUAUCCUUGCCGACGAGAUGGGUCUCGGCAAGACCUGCCAGGUCAUUUCCUUCAUUUGCCAUUUGGUCGAGGAGGACGAAAAGAACCCCAAAGACAGACGUCCGUGGCCGAACCUGAUUGUCGUGCCCCCGAGCACGUACAACAACUGGCUCGGCGAGUUCAACAAGUUUGCGCCCGGCUUAUCCGUCAUAGGAUACCGAGGCUCUCAGGCUGAGCGCGCAGAGAUUGCCUACGAAGUCGAGAACGACCCCGAUGCCUACCAUGUCGUUCUGGCGACGUAUUCGCAAAUCAACUCGGAGGAGGACAUUGCGGCCAUGCGGUCGUUUGACCUCAACGCGGCCAUAUUCGACGAGGGGCACAAGAUGAAGAACCCGGAGACCAAGAUUUACAAGGACCUUCGCAGGAUUCCGUCUUCUUGGAAGAUGCUUCUGACCGGCACCCCCGUCCAGAACAAUUUGCUGGAGAUGACUUCACUGCUCAACUUCAUCAACCCCAGGCUCUUUGACGGCUACAUGAGCCAGAUUCAGUACAUCUUCAGUCAAAAAGUGACAAUCCGCGACGUCACCAACGGCGCUUUCCUGUACAGCGAACGAGUCAAGCGUGCCAGGACGAUUCUCGAACCCUUUAUCCUUCAACGUCGCAAAGACCAAGUUCUGUCAGACAUGCCGCGCAAGAUCUGCACCGUUGUUCACUGCGAUAUGCCCAAGGAGCAAAAGGAGGUUUAUGAUGAAUAUGAAGAACUCUUCAAGAUGGAGCCGUCACAGCGUACCGCGCGAGGCUCCCGCGGUCGCCAAAACGACCAGAAUAACGUGUGGAUACAGCUGCGAAAGGCGGCGCUGCACCCUCUGCUCUUCCGCCGCCAGUUUACGGACGACAAGGUCACCGAGAUGGCCAAGAUACUGAUGGACAGGCUCCCCCAGUCGGAGCUUCAUCAGCCGGAUAUCAAGCACCUGAUUCAGGAGCUCAAGAACUCGUCCGAUUUCGAGCUUCACCUCUGGUGCCGUGACUACCCCCGCCUGCUAAAGGAUUUCGACAUUCCGGCGUCGACAGAGCUCGAGAGCGGCAAGAUUCGAAAGCUUUUGGAGCUCCUGAAGCAGUACCGGGGGAACGGCGACCGAGUGCUCGUCUUUAGCAAGUUCUCACGCAUCAUUGAGCUGUUGCAAGAGGUGCUUGCGCGUCAAGGCAUCGAUCACCGCGUGCUCAUGGGCAACACCAAUGUGUCUGAACGACAGACGCUGAUUGACGAGUUCAACCAAGACACGAGCAUCCCCGCGUUCCUGCUGACGACGGGCGCGGGCGGCACGGGCAUCAACCUGACGUCGGCGAACAAGGUCAUCAUCUUUGACCAGUCGGACAACCCCCAGGACGACAUCCAGGCGGAGAACCGCGCGCACCGCCUGGGCCAGAAGCGAGACGUGGAGGUUCUCCGGCUCAUCUCGACGCACACAAUCGAGGAGCUGAUUUACAAGGCGUGCCAGAAGAAGAUUGAGCUGGCCAACAAGGUGACGGGGGCGAUUGACGAGGACGACGGCAGCAGCAGCGCGGCGGACGCGAGCAAGAACCUUGAGCAGGAGGUGCGCAGGAUGAUGGAGGAGGAGCAGAUGACGCCCCCGUAG